GAACCAGGUCCCGCUGAAACGGAUGUCAACAAUGCCCGCGGCCUAUUUUUCCUUAGACGCCAACCUGGCUUGCCUCUUCCGCACCUGCCGCGCACCUUCCCGCCGUGGGGUCAGGCGGGGCUAGUAGACGGUCAGGUGGCUCUUCUGCCUCCCUGGCUGACGUGGACGCGAACGGGAAUCCGCCCUAUAACAGGCGCAGGCGGUCCGCGCGCGGCGGAGCGAAAGGCGAGGGCGGCGAGGCGCUGUGGGGCGUGUUGGCGGGCGGCUCCCCGGUUGGGUGGCUGCAGUUGGUCCCUCGACGUCGCCGUCUCUGCUCCCUCUUCCCCUUGCCGUUCUGGGCGCCACCCGGAGCGAGGAAGAGUUCACGAGAGGCCCGACGGGGAUGGCUGCGGAGACGAACCCCGGCAGCCAGCAGGGUCUGCUGAAAAAUGAAGCCGUUCCUGAAGGAGAAGAUGCUGUUGCUGCAAUUAAUGUAGAAGCUCUCUCUGAAGAAGAACAAGAUGAACUUAGGAGAGAGCUUGCUAAGGUAGAAGAGGAAAUCCAGACUUUGUCACAGGUGUUAGCUGCCAAAGAGAAGCAUCUAGCUGAAAUAAAGAGGAAACUAGGCAUCACUUCACUGCAGGAACUGAAACAGAAUCUUUCGAAAGGGUGGCAAGAUGUAACUUCAACAAAUGCGUAUAAGAAGACCUCAGAAACAUUGUCUCAGGCUGGACAGAAAGCUUCUGCUGCUUUCUCCACAGUGGGUUCUGCCAUCACAAAGAAGCUGGAAGAUGUGAAUAUACGUUGUCUACAGCAUUCAAUUAGUAUGCCUGCUAUGAGAAAUUCACCAACAUUCAAGUCAUUUGAAGAAAAAGUGGAGAAUUUAAAGUCUAAGGUUGGAGGAAACAAGCCUACUGGAGGAGACUUUGGAGAGGUCUUGAAUUCUACUGCCAAUGCCAGUGCCACAGAAGCUACCACAAUGCAGACUGGAGAGGAGACCCAGUGAUUGCUUCACCUUUGUACUGUCCACUGCCAGAUGCUGCAAGCAAAUGCUGAAGUGCAUCACCUCUGCUGUUGACUCCUCCAGUAGGUUCUUCUGUUUAGCACUUAGCUUUCUAAAUAUUUAAUAGUUUCUUGGGGUUCAGAGUAUUUUUGAAAUACACUUGCCUUUGUUAAUCUGCAGGACAGGAAUUUUUAUGUAUUUUGAGUAUUAGACUUAAUUCUGGUCUAGGUAAUCACUAAGUUACUGCAUUAUAAAAAAUUGAAAACAGCUAGAACUUUAUGCAGGUUGGAUGUGACAUUUACUAGCCAUUGCCUCAUGUCAUGCCUGCUUUAACAGACAAACCCUAAAAGUCUUUGUCUAGUCAUUAAGUGGAUACUCUUAAUUGAUCCUCUUUCAGUGAUAUUCUUUGGCCAAAUAAAUUGAUUUGGGUGUUGCAAUGGCUAUUUUACCACAUUUUAUUGCAGUUUUGAAAGCUGGGCAGUUUCCACAAGCAUUUCAUCUGUGCUUUAUUGAAGUUCUCCAGAAAAUAUUUAUUUUGACAGCUUAACUUAUCCCAAGCUGAGAGAUAAGUUAAUUAAAUUUGUUGCUGUAAAAAGAUUUGAUUUUUUCCUUGGAGGUUACAGGCAGACUUAAUUCAGUUUUUUGCGUUGGCUGUUGAAUGUUGCAGAAGUAAAAUGAGCUCAUAGGCAUGAAGCAGAUCAUAAAUGUAAAAUAUGUUGACUGAAAGCCUAAUACAGCACAGUAGUGCUUCCAAAUCAUUCCAUGCUAUUAAAAGUGUUAAAUGUUUAUUCCUCUCUCAUGGAUUUAAAAUCAUGGGAAACGAUAUACUCCAUUCACCUCUCAAUUAUAAUUGGUUGAAAUUGUCUGUACACUUGUGUACAUGGAUUCCGAGAAUUUGCACCUGUAAGAUAAUGCCUUCAGUGAAGUAGCCUAUCUAAAUUGGAAACCCUUGGAAGCUUGAAAAUACAUUUAAAUAUCACAAUCAUAGGUCAAUUUCCUAUAUAAAAUGUUAAUUAAAUUUGUUGCUGUAAAAAGAUUUGAUUUUCUAGAAGCAAAAUGUAUUCUACCCUUAUAUGUUUCACUUUCUGGCACCUUAUAAAACUAUAUUUUGCAGAUGUUUUUGCUACUUUUAAUCACCAAGCUUGAAUUGAACUAGAACACAUUCUUAAGAUGCACUGUAACUUGGGCUUUGUCUUUAUAGCUGCACCAAAAAGGCUACAAAUCAUGUAAGUCAACUUACGCUGUAUUUGGUAGCUCUCUGUAGCAUUUCAGAUUUAGUCUGAAUACUUGAUUACAUAUAAAAAUAAAAUGCAUUGUAUUAUCAAACAUAAAA